AUGGAUUCAAUAGAUGAACAAAUUGCUAUAAAGCGAAAAGAACUUCAGUCAUUACAAAAGAUAACCAGUUUAACGGAUGGCUUAAAAAUUCAGCUAACAGAGUUGAAUGAGCAGAUCAAAGAAAUGGGAAUGAAUGCGGAUUCAGUGGCCCAAUUGAUGAACAAUUGGGAUUCUAUAAUAAACAAUAUAUCGCAAGCAAGUUUGGGAUUAUUGCAAUAUGCAGAGGGUGAUUAUGAGAUAGGACCGUGGAAAGAUUCUAAGAAAAAGGAAUCUGAACAAUCAAAUGAAACAGGUCUUGAAGCGCAAGAAAAUGAUAAGAAUGAUGAAGAUAAUGAUGAGGAUGAAGAUCUGGUACCCUUGCCGGAAACAAUGGUCAGAAUUAGGGUAGAUGGUAACGAAUGA